UUUCGGCGGCCGGGCACUCGCCAUGGCGACCCGGUGGCCUUGCCUGUUCGUCAACUCUUGUAGCUUUUGGGAGGCCGUCGGGCGCCUCGCUUCGAGACCCCGGAACCUGCCCGAUCCUUCGGCCGAUUUAUUCAUUUCGUCAAUCAUAUUGCUUUCUCGGGAUCGCGCCUAUUUAUUUUUUCCCCCCCUUGACCCCGAGGUGGCGUGUUUCCUUGUACCGUCGCCGCGUAUCGGGGAUUCCGACACCGGAGAGGUUAGGUCAGAAAGCGGGCCCCGGGUAUCGGACUCUUCUUUAAAUUCUAGAAGAAAGGAGGCUCCGAAAGAUUCUUUUUUCGGUUGAUCCGUAGAGAUACCUAGAGAGCCGACCGUCGCGGUCCCUUUGUUGGUCGCCGGUAAUGCAGGGAUCCCCCAUGCCCGGAGGUUACUUUACCGGUCCCGAUUAUUAGGAUUUCCAUUUUUUUUUCUUGUCUUUUUUCAUACGCGUCCUCUCCUUCCUAACUCGGUCGACAACGAUGACGUAUUCGCGAUGGCUCGUAAUCGGGCGUUUUCUCUGCCUUCUCUUCUCCGAGAGAUAAGGAGUCCUUAUCGCGCGGUAACGGUAACGAUAGCGGUGAUAACCCGUUGCGUGGAUACAGGGCCGUAUCUGGAGAUAUGCGAUGCGAUACGCGACGUUCGAAAGGUCGAGGCGAACGGAACGGAAUGGAGAGGCUUCGUCGAUCUCGCCGAUGAACGACGCGAAGCCUCGUAUCGGUACGAUGGUUAUUUCGGAGUAAUCGAAUCAACGGGAACCGCGUCGGACCAGCUGCUUCCGAUAACGACGAGAGGAAGACUCUGGGUGGAGGUCCGUCUCCGGUCCACGGGCAUGUGCCCGUCGCGGACGUCAACGUGAUUUUUUUAAACGGCACCGUGGAUGUAGUUGCACUUUAAAUUUUAUUCGAAGCCGCGGUUCUUUCCCAAAUGGGGCGAAACCGAGGGAAAUUCCUCGACAGAGGGGAUGGAGGCUCUCACCCCUUGGUCGGAGUUGCCCGACGCAGGAGCGCUAGAUUUGCAUCGAAAGAAAAAGAAAGUACCCCGCGACCUUGAACGCGAGAUCGCUCCGGGAAACGUUUACGUCCGCGCGUACGUCGACGAGAAUCGGAGGCAAUUCGCGAGGAUGCAAAUGCUCUGGUCGGACCUCCGAGCAACCUGUUCGGGCACUGCGGCGGCCGGGCAGGAUGCGCUCGGAAGUAUGGAAACGUAAAGGUGAUUUUCGGGCGACGGGGGCGCGGUGCCGACUCGGCGAUUCCGUGGUGCGGUACUCGGGGCGGGCGACCGCGACCCACGCGCGUCUUUCGCCAACCCGUUCACCCACCCGAGGACCUCGCCCCGUCGAGUCGACUCGCCUCGACUCGCCUCCGACCGGUCUCUCGUCCAGAGUCGGCACCGCCGCCGGUCGGGGAAGUCGCGGGUCCUGACGACUCCCGAGAGUCGGAAGCGAGAAACGGUGAAACCAUUCGCGAGGCAGAGGAGAGCGAACGGUCCGUUACGUCGCUUGGGAUUCGCCGAUGAAGAGUGCUUCCACAGUGACUCCUUUAUUUCCGAAGGUGGAGGCGCGUAAUGCGUGACCCGGUUCACUCGGUGAUAGGGAGUGAUAAGGCUUAUCGACCGGCCGGUUUAGCGCCAAGUUCUGCGCUCGCUAAUUUAAAGAGCCCGUAAAGAGCGUUAAUCCGGACAAACGAAUCGACGCGAAUUUCGCCCUGCGGCGCGGCGCGGCGCGGCGUCGCGUCUUUUCCUUUUAUUCCAUUUUCCAUGGGUCGUCGAGAGAAAAAAGGGGGAGUCACUCCGGGAAAGCGGUCUUUACGUAAGAGAGCAUUAUACGCGGCCGGUUCUCUCGGUGAUAGGGAGCGAUAAGGUUCGUCGAACGCGAAAUAGGCGUGAACCUUUCGCGAGAAAAGCCCGGUUCCCGGUUCCCGGUUCCCGGUUCCCGAUUCCCGGUCCCAGGGCGUGAAAUCGACUGGGAGGGGGGCUGGACUAUCGAUCGAGGUGUCGCGCCUAGGACGCCCCUACGCCGGUGAUAAGGGACGAUAAGGGACGAUAAAGCCCGUCGAACCGCCGAUUAGACGCGGCCUCGGCCGCCCUUCCCUCUCCCGGUAUCCCGGGACGAUGGCGUCCAACUUUUUCACGUUUCCUUUCGCCCGCGGUGACGACUCUCGAGAGGAAGCGGAAACGUAGAGAAUUAGGGAGAUUUCGAAGCGGGUCGUUCCCCGGGAGGUACUUGGAUUGGGUCCAAGCGGAGGAUAUCGACCCAGAGGACACGGCGCGAAAAUGCCCUCUCGAGGAGAGAUCGAACGAUGGAAUCCUGAGAACGCCUCUCGAUAAGGAAAGAUAAGAGGCGAGGAGAGGAGAAAGUGGAGCACGAGAAGUCCUGACAUGCGUCGAGGGAUUCGGCCUUGAAGAGGAAACCUCGGGGGACCGAGCGAACCUCGAGGAAGCGAGGGAAGAAGAGGGGAGGAUGGCCAUCACGGCCGUGUCCGGCUGCCUGGGCCCACCUCCGCUGCCCCCCGGGAAGCGAUUCCUACAGAGGUCCUCGAGGAAGUCCUCCUCGACGUACCGGAGCUUCCGAGAUCCCGCGGUGGAGUCCUGGUGGCCGUCGGGAGGAGACGGGCCCCCCGACGCCCAUCGUCCUUGCGUCCUUCCGGCCGUCCUGCCCGCGAGGGGUCUCCCCCGGAGCCGCUCCGAGGGGAACCUGAACCUCCGCCCGGGCGAGGCCCGGGAAUGUCAGCCGACUCCUCUGGACAGGUGCAUCAGGGCCAUCUACGGGAGCUGGAGGAACCUUCUGCAGCUCGGCGGAAUGAGUCGGCCCUCGAAAGCGGUGACCCAGGCGAAGAAGGUUGCGCCCCCGGCGGUGCCCGACGUCUUCCGGCACUCGGGCUCGUCCUUCGGCUCGGCCGGCUACGCCAGCAGCGAGGACGGCUGCUUCCUGCCGACCGCCGGCGGCGGCGCUGCCGGUCCCGGUCCCGGCCCCGGCCCCGGCAACGGCAACGGCGUCGGCGCGCCCGACGACGCCUCCUACGGCAUGCCGUCCGGCAAGAGCCCGGGCCCCGUCUUCACCCACCCCGGCUUCGCCUUUCCCCCCAUCGUCGGCAAGUACGCCCACGCCGAGGACCAAGGAAUCGACAUGACCCAGAGCCCGGGAAGGGACAGCCCCGGGAGUUCGGGCUCGGGGUCGGGCUCCAGGCACUCGACGGCGUCCCUGGACUCGGGUCGGGCCUCGGGCUACCACUUGGGGCCCAGGGGCCCCGGGGCCCUGGCCUCGUCCCCUAGGUGCUCCAUCAGCUCCCUCGGGAGCCAUCCGGACCGACCCGCCGACCUGGACGUCGUCCACGCCUGGCUGAGCGAGUUGCAGUUCGAGGAGUACUUUCCGCUCUUCGCCUCGGCCGGCUACGACCUGGCCACGAUCACUCGGAUGACUCCGGAGGACCUCACCGCUAUCGGAAUCAAGAAGCCCAACCACCGGAAGCGCCUCAAAGCGGAGAUCGACAACCUGAACAUCGGCGACGGUCUCCCGGAGCACGUGCCGGGCUCCCUGGAGGAGUGGCUCCGCCUGCUAAGACUCGAGGAGUACCUGGGCGCCCUGCACCAGCAGGGCAUGCGCUCGGUCGAGGACGUCACGACCCUCACUUGGGAGGACCUCGAGGACAUUGGGAUCGUGAGGCUGGGCCACCAGAAGAAGCUGCUCCUGGCGAUCAAGCGGGUCAAGGACAUCCGCGCCGGGAAGAGGAUUCAGCCCCUGGACCUCGCGCGGCUACCUCCCCACCCUGGACACACGCAGGAUGUGGUGAUCCAGAGAGGAGGUCCGGACUUGCCGUCCCCGGACGAGGACUGCUCGUCGCCGAUCCUGAGAUCCUUCCAGCGCGGCGCGAGCACCGAGGCGACGAGCGGCGCCUGGAGGAGCAUGUACGCCGCCCUACCGGCCACCCUCGAGUACGGGACGACCGCCGCAGCCCCCGGCGGCGGGGCUAGGGGUGGAGGAUGCCGGGGCAAGUCCCUCGAGAGCCUGGAGGACGCUCCCCUGGGCUAUCCCCCGUCUCCGGCGCCCUCGCUGCACCCUCAGGCGGUCGAGUGGAGGCCCAGGAGUUUCGAGGACGGCGACUUGACGCCCACCAACGAGCCCUCCGCCGUCGAGGCCGGGGGUGGCACCCUCCCCAGGCCCAGACACUGCCUCGUGCGACCGAGACCCGUGGCCAAAGUGACAGCGACGACGGGCCAAUUCAAGUCUCUGCCUCGGGAGUUUGACAACAAGUACCAGCUGACCUACGGUCUCGAGAGCAGUCCCCACUUGCCGAAGAGGUGCCCGCCGUCGCCGCCGCGUCGCCAGAGCUCCAGGGACGUCGGCCCAGGGACCCCGGGACCCGGCGACGUCGUCAUCGACUGCAGCGGUCCCGUUCCUACGGCCUCCUGCGAGGAACACUUACGCCAUCAUCAUCACCACCUCCAUCACCACCACCGUCAUCCACCUCCGCAUCAUCAUCCCCAAGGCCAGAGCCCUGGGUCCGCGCCCUCGACCCCGCCUCAGAUGAGCCGGCCUCCGUCCUCCAUGUCCAGGUCUUGGGGGAGUGUCAGCGUCAACGUCAACGAGGAGCACGAGCUUAUCGCCUCGCUCGCUCUUCAGCAUAGGAACGGUUCCGACGCCAGUUUCAAGUCGAGCUCGAGCGCGGAGUCGGACUCGCUGCCGUUCGCCAACGAGAACGCCGGGACGAUCAAGCAGCGGACGGCCCGGGGCCCCGAGUACAGCAGCAGUCCUGGGAACAUGGGAGGCCAGCGCGAGGGCCUCGGGGCCGGCGGCGAGCCUGCGGACGUACUUAACGACAUCGGGAACAUGCUCGCCAACCUGACGGACGAGCUCGACGCCAUGCUCGAGGAGGAGAAGCGUCAGGGCCUGAAUCCUUAAUCGUAGCUGCCGUUCGCUCGCCGCAAGCCCCCUUUUCCCAGGUCCAGGACGUUUCGCCACUCGCGACACGUUCCGGGAUGUCCUGUAGCUGAAACGGGACUCUUAGGAACCUUCGGGAGCUCGUAGAUAGACGUGGGAUGCAGUAGGAACAAAGAGACUCUUCAAGAUCGAGCCACUGCCCGCGUCUAUCGAGGAUUAGAUCCUGCGAGCCUAUCUCAGGACCCGCGUUCUUGGUUCCCGAGUAGCCCCAAGGAGGCAAAAGAAAAAUUACUCUUCCCCUCCUGUACUCCAGGACGGGACCGACAUUCCGCCAACAACGUACGUAACGAUGCACUACCCGACGACAUGAAUUUACUUGACGGACGUGCCGAAGACGAAUCGAUGUUCACCAGUUAGGACACAGGCAUGCGAUGAAUAUAUUGAGGAAUAUACGUGGACGCGAUUAAUGCUAGAGUUAAUUACUCAGGAUCUGGGUGAACACCGAUUUUCCGGUUUUCCGCUUUUUGACUUUGGGGCAGAGAGAGGAAGAGAGAGAGCGAGAGCCCCGUGUCUUCUUCCAUUUCCGUCCUCCCCAGAACUGAUACGCACCGGGACUUCCGCCGACGAUGUUUGUACCGUUGUUUUUUUGUAUUGAACUUUUUACGGCGGCAAAUCGGCCACUCUUUUACAUCGCGUAGAUUUUCUAGGGGACGUUUUGAUUUUUUAAACUCGUCCUAAAUUCCGACAAAGAAGAAAUGGACUUCCAUUCUUGAAAAAGGGGAUAACGUCUCGUGAAAAAACGAGAGGAAGUCUAUUCCCACCGGAUUUCGAGGGAGAGAAAUCAUCCGAGAAUUUAGGGAGAUUUUUCGAACGGAUUUUCCACGCGCGAUAGAUAAUCGUGAUAACGCUUUUGGCAUUUUACCGAUAAGGGACCUGCGAUCCGGGGCAGGAGAAGGGAAAACAUAAGGUUUCGGAUCCUAGGAGAAACGAGAGGGAAACCAGUGCCAGGAUCGAAAGGGAUGGAAAACGGGAAAUGAGUACUUGCGCAUUCGCCACACACGGCAGAUUAUACGCUGACCCAAAAUUAAAGAAUUAACUUAAGUUCUAGGACCUGGUCACCGAACCCCAGGCUUGUCUCUUGUUAACUAUUGUAGGUGCGUAACGGGAGCACCAAGGGCUGGACUUUUAAUUAAUGUUCACGCGAUUAUGCGUCCACGCGUCAAUUAUUCCCUUGCCCAGGCUGCAAGCGAUAGUUUAGUAUUAAGCGCUGUUAUUCGAGCAUCGGUUAACGAAUUUUAGAGACGAGUUUUUCUUCGCGCGACUCUACCUAGAAAUUAAUUUUCUACGUGUACGUAUGUAGACUUUUUUUUCGUGUACUUAGCGCGUGGAUCGCCGUCAAGAUGUACAGGGACUAGUAUCGAUUGAUCUCCAUUCGUUGACGAGGAUAAAUAUUCGCUAACAUUAAUUAAGAAGAGCUCUUAGGGUGCGUGCGAGCGGACCGUGAGUGUCGGGUAUGCACGAUUGCAGAGACGCAGGUAGAGGUUUGCAUACGCACUACAUCCAUACAUACGGGCGCCAUGCGAGAGCAGUGAGUUCAGGACUGUAAAAUAGGUCUUUUAAUACGCAUUCCCAGGGCUUUUGUACACGCCUUCUAUUUUAUACAGUACCCGCGGGCUGUUCUCACGUCUGUAGGAAAUAAAACGCAGGCCGGCGCCUGACCUGGGGAUAGAUUUAGAAAAUCAUUUCCCGCGUGAUUCGUCGAUUUCGUUAAAGAUCCUUUUAGAAUCGGAACCUAGAUUUGGUAUCAUUCGUUAAUAUUAUGCCCUGGCACUGUUUAAUGCGUAAACUUCGCGGUUCGGGUUAGAGGCAUAAAAAUCCGACAUUUUUCGCGAUCGACCGUUUAAAUGCCGAUAAUCUCUUUGUCGCAACUUUACAUCCACGCAGGCGUUGCGGAAAACGAUGCAUCUCUUCAGGGACUCGAGAGGGAACUCGCGGGCAGCUAUUUGCGCGAAUAACCUGCCUGAGGUCAUUGCUAACUACAUGGUGCGGACAUAUUAUACAUAUAAAUAUAUAUUAUAUAUAUUAUAUA